UCCAUCGUUCCCUUGUUCUUAGCAGUUUCCGCGAGUCAAUCUUCAUAUAGUUGAAUUCAAACGCUAUUAGUCUUGAUUUGAUUCCUCCACAUUACAACAACCCUUGUUUUUCUUCUUCUCUGAUUGUGCGUAACGUUCACGCUUCGCUCUCACUCACUCACUCACUCACUCACUCUUAUAAAUAGAACGCGCGCGCCGCAACACACAAUACAAACUUCAAACCAUAACCAGAAGAAGAAGAUAGAUACAGAGCGAGCGAUGGCGACGACGAAGCCGAAUGGACCGAGCAAGCAACCUUCGAAUGCCGGCAUCGAUGGACCAACCAACCCGAUGGUCACGCCUCUGCUCAAUGAUCUCUACCAAUUCACCAUGGCUUAUGCGUAUUGGAAAGCUGGCAAGCAUCAAGAGCGUGCUGUGUUCGAUUUGUAUUUUCGGAAGAAUCCAUUUGGUGGGGAAUAUACUGUGUUUGCUGGUUUGGAAGAAUGCAUCAGGUUCAUAGCUAAUUUCAGACUCAACGAGGAGGAGAUUGAUUUUAUUAGGAAGAGUUUAUCUACUUCAUGUGAGGACGGAUUCUUUGACUAUCUGAGAGGACUUGACUGCUCUGAUGUUGAGGUGUAUGCUAUUCCUGAGGGAUCAGUUGUUUUUCCAAAGAUACCCCUCUUGAGAAUUGAAGGUCCAGUUGCUGCUGUUCAAUUACUGGAAACUCCUUUUGUGAAUCUGAUAAAUUAUGCAUCAUUAGUUGCCACCAAUGCGGCAAGGCAUCGAAAUGUUGCUGGAAAAUCCAAAACUUUACUUGAGUUUGGACUACGAAGGGCUCAGGGGCCUGAUGGCGGAGUAGGAGCAUCAAAGUACUGCUAUAUUGGUGGAUUUGACGCAACAAGCAAUGUUGCGGCAGGAAAGUUAUUCGGGAUACCCAUUCGUGGUACUCAUUCCCAUGCCUUCGUUAGCUCAUAUAUGAGCCUUGAUGAGAUCAUAGAUAAGUCACUUCGAAGAAAGGAUGGAUCAAGCACAUGCGAAGAUUUUGUUAGUAUGGUUCAAACAUGGCUGAGCAAAAUUCAGUUGCUAAAUGGUGUUUUUGGUGAGACCAAUCAAAGUGAGUUGGCAGCAUUCACAUCAUAUGCAUUGGCAUUUCCUAAUGGCUUUCUUGCCCUUGUAGAUACAUAUGAUGUGAUGAGAAGUGGAAUCCCUAAUUUCUGUGCAGUUGCAUUAGCUCUCAAUGAUUUAGGAUAUAAAGCAGUUGGCAUUAGAUUGGAUUCUGGUGACCUUGCAUAUUUGUCUUGUGAGGCCAGGAAAUUUUUUUGCUCGAUUGAGAAGGAAUUUGGAAUGCCUGGAUUUGGGAGGUUGGUAAUCACUGCUAGUAAUGACCUCAAUGAGGAAACAAUUGAUGCUUUAAACAAACAGGGUCAUGAAGUUGAUGCCUUUGGUAUUGGUACAUACCUGGUCACAUGUUAUGCUCAAGCUGCCUUAGGUGUUGUUUUCAAGCUGGUUGAAAUCAAUAAUCAGCCUCGUAUUAAACUUUCUGAAGAUGUGUCAAAGGUCUCUAUUCCAUGUAAGAAGCGAAGUUAUAGGUUGUAUGGGAAAGAAGGUUAUCCCCUGGUAGACAUAAUGACUGGAGGAAAUGAACCCUCUCCAAAGGUGGGAGAAAGAAUCCUGUGCCGUCAUCCCUUUCAAGAAUCCAAGAGAGCAUAUGUGGUGCCACAGCGUGUUGAGGAGCUUCUAAAAUGUUACUGGCCUGGGAGUUCAGAUAAAAAGAGAGAACCCUUACCAACUCUAAACGAGAUUAGAGAGCGGUGCAUCAACCAAAUUGAGCAAAUGAGACCUGACCACUUGAGGAGACUCAACCCAACUCCAUAUAAGGUUAGUGUAAGUGCAAAAUUAUAUGAAUUCAUUCAUUUCUUGUGGCUCAAUGAGGCACCAGUUGGGGAGCUGCAGUAAGAAUAAGGCAAAUAAGAACCGAAAUGGUCAAGGAAAAAAACAGAUUUCCGUAGAAUUUUGUUUCAUGCAGUAUAGAUGUACAUGUGUUUUGACUGUUUUCAAAUAAUAUGAUUCUGUAUAUUAUAUUUAACUUGGAGGAAUCAUUAUUCUUUUAAGGCCUAUGUGCGAAUAAUCCAUAUUUCCCGUUGAUCACAUUGCUAUGCAAUCUUUCAUCA